GGUUGGAAUCACAAAGGUGUGAAGGAAUUCAUUCUGACAGGAUUGACUGAAAACCAUGCCUUGCAGGUUCCUCUCUUCUUGCUUUUCAGCCUUGUCUAUUUCACCACUGUCGUAGGGAACUAGGCCAUGACUGACUUGAUCUGGUUGAAUUCUUAACUUCAUACACCAAUGUACUUCUUCCUUAGGAACCUCUCUUUCUGUGAUAUCUGCUACUCUACUGUCUUAGAUCCUAAGAUGCUGGUCAAUUUCCUGUCAGAGCAUAAGUCUACUGCAUUCAUUGGCUGUAUUCUGUAAAGUUUCUUUUUUCUAGUGUAUGCAACCACAGAUAGUAUCAUCCUAUCUAUAAUGGCUUAUGACCGCUAUGUGGCCAUUGCAAACCCCUUGACAUACAAAGUCAUCAUGACCCAAAGUGUCUGCAUACAGAUGUUGGUCCUUGGAUGUUACUUAGCUGGGCUCAUUAAUUCCCUGACACACACAAUAGGCUUGCUCAGAUUGGAUUUCUGUGGUCCAAACCUUGUGAAUCACUACUUCUGCGACAUCCCUCCACUUUUGAAGCUCUCAUGCUCUGAUGCACACACCAAUGAGAUGCUGCUCUUGAUCUUCUCUGGAGUGAUUGUCAUGUUCACUUUCAUCAUCUUCAUGGUCUCUUGUAUCUCCAUCAUCAGUGCAAUCAUGAAAAUCCUCUCACCUGAGGGGCAACGCAAAACAGUCACUACAUGUGCCUCACAUCUGACUGCUGUGACUUUAUUCUAUAGGUCAGGAACCUUUAGCAAUAUCCAGCCAAGUUCUCAUUACUCUCUGGAACAGGAGAAGGUCUCUGCAGUGUUUUACACAUUGGUCAUUUCUUUGUUAAACCCACUGAUUUAUAGCCUGUGGAAUAAGGAUGUGAAAGAAGCAGCAAAGAGAUCAAUAAUAGGAAGGAGAAAUGCAAUAGUAAAGUAG